AUGAAAUUCCUUGCAAUCUUAGCAUUAUUGAUGACGGCAACGUCAUUAACAAUCGAUGCGAGACCAACCGGAAAAGCUGGCCAAAUUUCACUUUCAAUUAAGAAGAAUGACUUACCAGAUUACUUCUCAUGGAAACAAAAAGUAAAGGUUAACAUGAAUCGGGCUUUGUUAAAAUAUUCGAAAAAUAUCCAAAAAGCAUACGAUGCAGGUCUCGUCGGUCUAGACGCAAUUCAACAAUUAGAAGCGGCAUCUAUUCCUGUUUUUAUUGCUAGUGCAUCAAAAAUUUCCUUAGCUAAGAGGAAUUUCAAUGCAAAUAAUAACUCGACUGCAUUUGCAACUAGUAGCUCGACUAAUUCCGGAAAAGUAGUAAGUAGUCCAAUAAACGAUGAAGGCAAUGAUAUUGGUUACUUUGGUCCAAUCCAGGUCGGUGGUCAGACUUUUAAUGUUGUCUUUGACACUGGUUCCGCAGAUCUUUGGGUUCCAGAUCAAAAUUGUAAUGAUCUAGCAUGUAACUCUCACAAAAAAUUCGAUCAAACAUUAAGUAAAUCAUUCAGUAGUAAUAAUGCACCGUUUGCCAUCCAAUAUGGUACUGGAUCUGUUUCCGGAGUAAUUGCCCAAGAAACUGUUUCUAUCUUUGGAGCUGUAUCUAACAAUCAAACUUUCGGUUUAACGCAAACAAUGUCUAAUGACUUCGCGAAUACCGAAUUUGAUGGAAUUCUCGGAAUGGGAUUAGAUCAAUUAAGUUCAGAAAAAGCUAAAACUCCUUUCACUCAAUUAUUCGAACAAAAAGCUGUGUCGAGUCCAGUCUUCAGCUUUUUCCUCGGUCGCAAAAAAGAUAGCACAGACACUCAAAGCCAACUCACUCUUGGUGGGGUUGAUCCUACUAAAUUCACUGGAACUAUCAAUUUUAACAAACUCGUAAGUCAACUCGGAUUCUGGGAAAUUGCUUUGGAUGAUGCUAGUGUCGAUGGAAAGCCACUUGGUUUCACGUCAAAAACCGCAAUUAUCGACACUGGAACGACUCUUGUUAUUAUACCACCAAACGAUGCAGCCGCACUUCACGCCCAAAUUCCAGGCGCAGUCAAUCAACAAGGCCAAUUUUUUGUUCCUUGCGAUACUAAAUCUGUCAUAGCUCUCACAUUUGGUGGUGUCAGUUACAAUAUAUCACCUAAAGAUUUAGUUCGCGAUCCCAUUAAUCAACAAAAUCUUUGUGUCUCAGGGUUCGCUGGAGGUUCAAUCGGUGGAGCUAAUCAAUGGUUGGUUGGCGAUACUUUCCUCAAAAACGUUGUCUCUGCAUACGAUACUCAGCAACUUGCAGUUGGAUUUGCCCCAGCAAAACAAAUAUUAUAA